GAGAGGGUGGACGAUGUUGCUUCUCCAAUACCACCUAUCCUCAGUCCAGGGCGAAUCAUCGAUGCGGAAUAUCGAGAUAUUGAUGGCGAAGUCGACGCGAACGGGCCCAAUGGUGAUGAAGAGCGGGAGCGGAGGUUCCUUGAAUGGAUGAACGAAUCUGAGAACACUGAUAUAGGCCAAGACAACGGGACUCAACUACAAGAUCAGGAGCAUCAAUAUGAUGGGCAAGACAACUCCCAGCAGCAGCCGUUGAGCCCAGAUACUGACGGCAACGACGACGUCCAUCCAAGGCAAGCACCAGACAUCUCGCCAGCCAGUCUACCUCCUUCAUCAGCAUCGAUACCAGCAACGGAGGACCAGAGAGAACAUGAUGCGUUGUAUAGUCCCGGCCUGAUGCGGUUGCGCGAGGCCCUUGAGGCGAAGUACAACCUCGAUAACAUCAGCCACGUCUCCUAUGCCCUAGCUGUUGAUGUUCACUGUACCGCAGAAAAUACGUAUCCCGGCACAGAAGGAAGGGUAAGCCGUCCUGUAUGCUUGCUUGCCGACCGCAACCGUGUGGCCGGGGAGUUUUACGGGAGUAACUACACCUUUUACCCACUCGGCUUCCACCCCGCAUACGGCAACUUCACAUCGGAUCGUCCCCCUGCCUUCCUGGAUAACGACCUGUUUACUGUCAUGAAAGAGAACAUGAGUCACCAGAACCAGGGUGCCGACGUACUUUCGUUUGGCUUCUUCCAGGGCUAUUCCAACCUAAAACGGUCUAUCCGUCAUGGCCCUCACGACCUACUAGCCAGCCACGGCCUCGCCACAGCUGCACUCACCAUUCCCUCGACGGAGGCUCAGCGCACGGCGCGGCUCAAGGACAAGCAGCAGCGGCUCCUGGCCCAGGUGAGGGGGCGACUCACACCUGACAACCCUGGCGCAUCGACACCUUUUGCGCGGGAGCGACAGAGGGUGGAAGCAGCCAUGCAAGCGAAUGAGUUUGCGUUCCGAUUCGAGCAGGUCAUUUCCAUCGAUGCCCCACGACUCGUGCGCCGCCGUCGAAACUUCAGUAGCGUACUACAACCCAUUUUUCAGCUCAUGCGUCUCUUCCUCAAGGAGAAACAGCUCUAUGCAGGCAUCCUCCGGCGUUUCAACCCUGAUAUCUUUCCAGGAGUCAUGGUGGCUUUUGCCAGGGUUAUGGAAGCAGCCAUAGCAGAAAUGGACCGUCGCUUUCGCGAGGCUGGGUCGAAAGGACUAGGUAUGGCUCUCUCCGAAGGCGUCGCUGCUCUCGAUCGACUGGGCAAUUUUUGCUUCACCGGGGACCCGAGGGUGCUGCCUACCAAAGUCAUGAGGCUCCUUGGUACGAUGGAUAGUCUAAAAACAUGCGGGUGGCCAUUUAUAUCGCCGCGAAUGUUGGACA